AGGAAAAAUAUAUAAUUGAAUUAUUCAGCCUAGAUAUAAAGUCGAAUAAAGUAGAGAUAUUAUAAAUAGUUACACUUGUUUAUGGCAAUUUUUCUUUCUAAGAAGUAUCUAGCUAGCUACUUGGAAAAUUAGCGUGGUGCUAAAGAAGUUUCAUUCAAAAGAAGAGAGUGACAAAUUAACUAACAGUGUUUAGCAUUAAUAUUUGUUAUUUCUUUCAACUCGUUACGCUUUGGCGUUGCUAAUUAUGAUUGCUAAACAAAACAUUUACGGUAACCUCAUCUGUGCUGUAAAUGUUUAAGGCCUAUUAAUUUAAAGAAAAACGUAGAUCAGCCUCUUUUUAUUUACUUAAAUAAUGAUAAUACAUUUCAAACCGGGUAUACUUAUAUAUAUACACUUUAUUUAGAGCUAAGGUAAAUUACAAAAUAAAACGUGUCGAAGAAGUUAGAAAAGUCAAGAAGACAGAAGUCAUUCGACAUAGAGAUAUUUCAAGGACACGAACAUUCUGUAAUUAACAACACUAUAAAAAGUAUACAAGAAAAAUUGGCACUUGACCUACACCAGUUGAGUAACUCAUCAUGUAACAGACCUUACUGUUUAUCUAAUUUUUUUUUCAAAAUAUUGUUUCUCUUUAGAACCAAAAAUAUAAAGGGAUAUAUAAAAACUAACCAUUAAUACAAUAAGGUAGAAAAAGUCGGAUCUUAGUAUCUUUCGUAUAUGUCGACCGCCUACGUAUGCCUCUUAAUUUCCCUUUCAAUAGAUAUCGUCAUAUAUAUACUAUAUAAAUAUAAAAUCGUUGAGUAGUCUAUUAAUGCCUAUACCGACAUAUAUAUAUAUAUAUUUAACCUUUUUAUUUUGGUCAAAUAUAUAUUUAAAUUAAACUCAGUUAAUUGUAUUGCUAAAUAAAAGUAAUAAUAUCAUGCACGACUCAUGUACGAGGAAUUUCUUCUUGCUUUUUGUAGGAAGUGAAAUGGGGAAUGGUGAGCAUGGUGGAGGCUGAGCGGCGGCUACUGGCCAACGCUCUGCUUGAUGCAGGAAACCACCGCUUCGUCCUCCUCUCAGAAUCGGACAUCCCUCUCUUCAACUUCUCCACCGUUUACUCUUACCUCGUAAACUCUCAACACUCCUACGUCGACAUCUACGACCUUCCCGGACCAGCAGGUCGAGGCCGCUACAAUCGCCGUAUGUCACCUGUCAUCAGCCGCGGUAACUGGCGAAAAGGCUCUCAGUGGUUCGAGAUAGACCGUGAGGUAGCUGAAGCCGUAGUCUCGGACACAAUUUACAUUCCUGUGUUCAAGAAACAUUGCCUUUUGGGAUGUUAUGCCGACGAGCAUUACUUACCAACGCUUGUCCACGUUAUGUUUCCGGGGAAGAGCGCGAACCGGUCGCUGACGUGGACUGAUUGGUCACGACGAGGGCCGCACCCGAGGAAGUACACUCGGCGGUCAGUGACUGGGGAGUUUCUGUAUAAGUUGAGGAAUAGAGAAGGGUGUGUGUAUAAUGGGAAAAAGAGCGAGAAAUGUUACUUGUUCGCUAGGAAGUUCGAUAACAGUUGUUUGGAUAAAUUGUUAUAUUUUGCUCAUAGAGUUAUGGGAUUCUAGUUUGCUCA